CUCCAUCUUUCUUUUCUGAAACGCCGCCAAUAAAUCAAGCCUUCCUCAAUAACGAUCAUAUAUAAUUUAAUUUGAUUAUAUUAUACAUAGUUAUAUACAUACAUAUAUAAUAUCUAUAUCUAUAUAUUAUAUAUAUAUAUACGUGAGGAAGCGAAUCUUGAUUGAUUGAUGAUUGUGAUGAUAUGUAGCGGUGGAAUCACAAUAGAAAAUGCUUGCCGUGCAGCUGUUAGAAUUAAUACCUACUAAUAAAAAUCAAUUUCAUUUUCUUUUUUCGCUAUGUCAAGGUUCUUGUCGACCAGAAGUAUUAAGAGGACAACACAGUUAGUUAGAUCAAGCAACAGGAGAGCUCAUAUAGAAGAUGGAAAUUAUGGAUCGAUUGUUAGAUCUGGUUCUUACAACUCCCAAUACAGGAUGUACUCUCAAAGCGUACUCUCCAAUAGAGGAUUUGCUUCUAUCUUGGGAUGUAAAUCCAAAUGUUCUAUUGGCAGGCAUAAUUUCUUCAGAAAUUAUUCGUUCAUUCCAGUCAAUAAGGCGAUAACAUAUCAUGCUCAAAAUGCUUGGAAGAGCCUUUCCAAGAAUCAGGAUGGCAUGAAUAAGUUGGCCCAAGCAUUUAGUUUGGCAUUGAGCCGUUCGUAUAUCGUUCUUCCUGGUGUAUUUGCUAUUGCUUGUGGAAAUCUGGUAUUAGCAGACUCAGGGUCUAAUCUCGAUUAUUAUCAGCCUAGAAAUGCGCUCUACACACGGGCUGAAAAUGGACAUGCGUUUUUGAUUUCAUCACUACUUUCAAUAUUUGAAGGUCUAAUAUUAUUAUUCCGAGCUAUAUAUUUGGCAGUCUUGUUCUCACCCAGUAUGGUGAUGGCUCCAUUUGUCGACUAUUUUGGCAAUUCAGCUAGAAAAACAUGGCUCCAACUUGUACGUCGUACUUUGGAAAUUGCAGGUCCAGCAUUUAUAAAAUGGGGUCAAUGGGCAGCCACACGCCCAGACCUUUUUCCUACCGACUUGUGUACUGAGCUGUCGAAGCUUCAUAGCAAAGCUCCUGAACAUAGUUUUGCUUACACAAAAAAGACGGUUGAAAAGGCUUUUGGACGCAAAAUAUCUGAAAUCUUUGAUGAUUUUGAGGAGCUACCUGUAGCUUCAGGAAGUAUUGCACAAAUUCAUCGAGCUUCUUUGAGAUAUAGAUAUCGCGGCAAGAGUAACAAGCCUCUAUUAGUUGCAGUUAAAGUUAGACAUCCUGGAGUGGGUGAAUCAAUUAAAAGAGAUUUUGAUAUAAUCAACGUGGUUGCAAAGAUGUCUAAGUUCGUUCCUACUCUCAAUUGGUUGAGAUUGGAUGAAAGUGUACAACAAUUUGCAGUUUUUAUGAUGUCCCAAGUUGAUCUUGCACGAGAAGCUGCUCAUUUGAGUAGGUUUAUAUAUAACUUCCGCAGUUGGAGAGAUGUUUCAUUCCCUAAACCUGUAUAUCCGCUUGUUCAUCCAGCGGUUUUGGUGGAAACUUUUGAGCAAGGAGAAAGUGUGUCACGUUACGUUGAUGAACUUGAAGGACAUUUUCGACUUAAAAGUUCUCUUGCACAUAUUGGCACUCAUGCUCUUUUAAAAAUGCUGCUGGUUGACAACUUUAUUCAUGCCGAUAUGCAUCCUGGAAAUAUUCUUGUCCGGAGCAAAUCAUCUCGUAAAGGGAUCUUCAAGUCGAAGCCGCAUGUCAUAUUCCUUGAUGUAGGCAUGACUGCAGAACUUUCCAAGAGUGAUAGAGUGAAUUUGUUGGAAUUCUUUAAAGCUGUUGCCCGUAGAGACGGACGCACUGCAGCAGAGUGCACACUAAGGCUAUCAAAACAACAAAAUUGUCCCAAUCCUCAGGCUUUUAUCAAGGAAGUUACGGAGUCUUUUGAUUUUUGGGGUAGCCCAGAGGGAGAUGUUGUUCAUCCUGCUGAUUGCAUGCAUGACGUGCUAGAGAAAGUCAGGCGCCAUAGAGUUAAUGUGGAUGGAAAUGUGACAACUGUAAUGGUCACAACGUUGGUUCUUGAGGGUUGGCAACGGAAGCUUGAUCCUGACUAUGAUGUAAUGCACACACUUCAAACACUGUUACUCAAAGAAGACUGGGCAAAGUCACUAACUUACACAAUCGAAGGCCUGAUGGCCCCAUAAAUACAGGCUCAUUUGUCGCUCACCUCACCAGCAACAAAAAGUUUUGUAAACGAAUACGUUUUUAUAGGUUCGAUCUUUCAUCUACAUUUCUUAUACAUGUGCGUUAAUUGCACUUUUUUCGGACAGCAAAAUUUUGUUUGUAUUUAGCUUCUUUUUUUAGGACAAUUGUGGAGAAAGUAUAAGAUAUAAAGAAUGUGAUGACGUUCUUUCUGAAAGGAUCAUUGGCACUAGUGAAUUCAAUAUUUGGGUGGCAUAAAUGUUGUAAACGGCAAUGAAGAAGUGUAUCUUCAUGAACUUUUGACAAACAUGUAAAUGUAAUGAUAUGAACCAACAAUUUCUGAACUUGAUGUUUUCAUAUGUAAACUCCCGGCGUGUGUUUUAAAUA